UUGAGGGAAGACGGCUGCACCCACGUCUGCAGAGCCCGAAGUGCUGGCCAGCCGGCUAGCAGUCUCCCGUGCAGGCAGGCCAUGCAGGGCAACAAGAAGGGCACCGAUGGCUUCAGCGACUCCUCGAGCAUUGGGAGCCUGCUGGACGACGCAGACCGCGAGGUGAGCAGCCUCACAGAACGUGCCUUCCGCAGCCUGUGCAUCUCUGAGGACACGUCCUUCAGCGAGUCCCCAGACCUCACCCGCCAGGUGCUCGGGAGCCUCCACCAGGGGACCGUGAGCCACACCCAGAGGAAGAGUGGCAUCUGGAGCCAGUUACCCUCGCAGGGCACGGAGCACACUGGCUGGGCGGCCACGUUCCAGCAGUUACCCAAGUACGUGCAAGGAGAGGAGAAGUACCCCAAGGGCAGCCCCCCGCCAACGCCAGCCCAGAGGAGGCUGGAGGUGCCAGUUUCUGGCCUGAGGAGCAGCAACAAGCCACUUUCCAAAGUAUCGUCCCUAAUUAAAUCCUUUGACAGGCCAGACAGCCAGCGUGGUGACAGCAGACCUCCCCCAAGCAAGCCUCCGGUUCUAAAAACCGCCCCCAAGUUUGCCCCUCUUCCAGAAAGCGGUGUCAACUUCUGCUUUGAUUCAGCCUUUCUGACUGUCAGGAGGGUGCCCGCUGAAGUCUCCAGCACUCACCAUAGUGGUCAUCAGCCUGUCAGCAAGCAUGGGGAGCAGGAGUCCCCAAAGAACCUCGAAACAGCCUCUCACUGCUCCAGCAACUUCCUCUCAGCCUCCAACGAUGCCUCCAGCUCCUUCGAAUCCAAGUUCCACUCCCCAGCCCACAAGUCAGCCAGGGGCGAGCCUGGAAGAGGCAAGGAGUGGGCUCCAAAAGGGACCUUCCUUCACAGUGAAAACAGUGCUUUUGAGUCAUGGAGCACCCACCAACCACGGCUGCUAAGGAGAAAGGACCCCACUGAGGGGGUCCCAGAAAGCAAAGGGCCCAAACAUUGCCAGGACACUCCCCUGCUGAGAGAAUCCCACCCACUUGAGCACAAAGCGUCCCCCAGCCACGCACAGGCUGACUGCAGUCAGGAAGAGAGUAGGUUGCCCACUGGGGCUCUCUCCACAUCCAGACCCUGGUGCUCAAGGGACCCUGGAGCUCAGGUGUUCACCAUGGAGGGAAAAUCUUCUGGCUUCCAGCCUGACCCUCAGGAGAAGCCAACCCAGGCUCCAUGGAGAAAACCAAAGACUGGCAAGGGAAGAAAAGAAAGUCUACAAAAUGCUUCAGAAGAAAAGAAACAACCUCACAGGAGGGACCCCCCUUUGUAUGCAAAGCAGACCCCCCAGGGACAAUUUCCUGAAGAUGAAGCUCCUGACAAGCCUGUGGACUCCCGCCAACAUUACACUCCCCCUUUUAACAUCAGCAAGCUUCUGACACCCGUCAUACCCACCAAGCAUGUCCUGGAUUCGUUGAGCAAUCAGCCAGCAGAGAGGACUCCAUCACCUCCAGGACAGCCCAAUGGGUACCAGGAGAAGGAGCCAGGGGAGGACCAGUCCCGGGACAGUUACAAAUCCAAAGCCCCCAGCCUUCUGUUCAAUCUCAAGGAUGUUCGCAAGCGUGUGAAAAGCACCUAUAGUCCCAACCUACUCUUGAAAGGCAUUGAUGAGAAGGCCAGAGAUAAGGCAGAUGGCAAGCAAGAGACUGUUAGCAAUGGUGUCACCCUUCCUAACGGGCUUGAGGACAGUCCUGCAAGCCAGCUUUCUAAGGAGAGAACAUCAGAUAUCCUUACUGCAUCAUACGUCAGCACCCAGAAGGACCCUAGAGCCGACCCCAGUGGGUCGUCUGCAGAUAACUACUUAACUCUUAGUUCACCUCCAACUACUGCCAAAGCCUCCUUCUGUGUCAAUGGGGAAGCUGCUGAGACAGGCAGCUAUGAGAAGGAUGAUGUCCACAGGGAAGCGAAGCUGAGCCCCACCAGGCCAGGCUGUGGCUCGGACUCUAGUCAGCAUGGCCUCAGGAAACACCUCUCUCUGAAGAUUUGCAGGCAAGAACCUGAGGCUGCAAAGACUGCUGAGACACUGCAGACCCACCAGAUGCAGAAUGGGAUCUCCAGAUCAGUCUCCCAAGACACAGAGCCCAAACGAGAGGCAGGUCUGUUGAACCCAAGCUCCCACCAGAAGCCCUCCCCGGGCCCCCUUUCUCCGGAGGAGGAAGACGUGUUUUAUAGCGACAGCCAGUCUGAUUUUAUGCCAGGCCUCCAAAGCAAGGCCAAAUUCAGCACCAGUUCUUCAGAUCAAUCCUUUGCCUCAUUCGAGGACCAGCAGAAGACAUGGUGUGUCGAGAGCCGGCAGGAAGACAGGAAGAGCGACAUGCGUGCAAGUGACAGUCAGAGGUACGAGAAGGAACGAGUGACGCUGAAAGAUGGGCAGCAGCUCUGUGCCUUAAGUAACGGACGUGUGUGCAUGGAUGAGAGCACCAAGGGGGAGAGCUUGCAAAGAGAUGGUGAGAGUUUGUCUGGAGGGAGACCAAGGAGAUCAACAGAAGGAGCAAAUUUCACAGGCUCUUGGGUUGGGGGAAAUAAGGAUACGGCCCUUUCACAUGCCAAAGACUUGACAGCUGCACCAUCUUCCACUUCCAACAAACACAUACUGUUUACAAUUAAAGACAACACCCUCAGGGCCACCCCUGUGAUCAAGCCCAUCCUGCUGCCCCUCCUGAGGACUGUGUCCUCGGAGGACUCACCCGCUGGUGGCCACAGAGAGGCAGAAUCGCCCAGGCCAGGUGAGGAUGCUGGUGCCCCAGAGGGCCAGGGAAUUCAUGGCACCCCAGCACCUGCCCACCCACUGCCCACUGAUCCGCAGGACACACACCAGAGGCCCUCAGCCCACCAGGGCCCAGAGGACCACCAGCAGGCCCCCGUCAUGGCCAAGACAGAGGCUUUCCAGCCAGCCAUGAAGGGGGCUAUCCCAUCUCCUCCACUGGUGGGAGAGGGUGAAGGGAUGAGGCCACUCCCAGGUGUGGCCCCUGAAGUUAUGGGGAGCAAUGGCAGGAGGGGCUCCACAGACCAGGUGAGGCUGGAUGCUCCAAGGUGCGUCCCCAAGAUCACUUUCCUGAAAGAUAACACAGAAGACGGGCUGCCCCCACACCUGUUGGGAAGGUGUGGGGAAGAACAGACACAAGGUUUCAGAAGUAACUUUUUGUCCACUCCAAGAGCAGGGGCUCCGGGGAGAAGACAGGUCCCUGGUGAGGUGGAGACUUUGCCCAACCGUGGCUCCCUGGAGGCGGGCAGCGUGUGCUCUCCCACUGCCAGUGGCGUUUGGGACGAGGCCUCCCAAGCCCCCAGCAAGCUGGGCUUGCCGCUGCAAGAGGAGCCUCCCUCUGCUAGCCCCUGGGCCAGCCUUGGUCCUGCGCCAGUCACCCGGAGGGAGGACCUGACCCACGCCCUGUUGUGGGAAGAGGGCUCUGACGCCCAGCCAGAGCCAUCUGCAGAAGAUCUCAGGCCUCUCUCUCCCAAAGGCUCCCUGCUGGCCGUGGCUGCCAGCUCAGCAGGCCUCCCAGAGAGACUGGAGCUGCCUGUGCAGCCAGAGAGGCCAGUAGGCAAGCCACCUGCAGUCCCACCCAAAACCGAGAAGGCACUGCGGCGGGCAAAGAAGCUGGCCAGCAAGAGGAGAAAGACAGACCAGGGUCAAGGGCGGCCUGGCGAGCCCAGGGAAGAGAGGCCAUGGCCCGAGGACUCAAAGCGGGCUGAGCGGAGGCCACCAUCCCCCAAAGAGAUGCCACAGAAACCCAGCUUCCCCUCAGUCCGGUCCCUGCCCCCACCCGUGCACCGCCACUCUGUGUCCAGCUUCUCAGAGCACAGCAGGAGGCAGGCCAGGGUGCCUCAGUCGGCCAAGCCCCUGCCUCCAUACCCUGUCACACAGAAGGUCCUCCAAGACCCCCAGUCUGGGGAGUACUUUGUCUUUGACUUGCCACUCCAGGUGAAAAUCAAGACCUUCUACGACCCAGAGACCGGCCAGUAUUUCAAGGUCCCAGUCCCAUCCUCAGCAGGGGGGUCCCCAGAGUCAUCCCCGGCGGACGCACCAGUUGACCCCCUCCUGCUGUUUUCUGGCUUCCAGCGCCUGACCGUGACAGCCUUGACACCCCUGCGGUGCUCCUCCCAGCUCUCCACUCCCACCUUCUUGUGGCCUAGCCCUUCUGCCACCACUGAGGGGGCUGCUGUUGGGCACCAGGGCCCCUGCGAGACAGGACUACAGCGUGCCCCUCGGGCCUCCAGAAACUCAACCCAGAAUGCACCCAGCCAAUGCCCCAAGGGGCCUCCCCAUAGCCCGAAAGAGGAGGGCAGGGAUACUCCAAGCCUGGAGAUCAUCACCAUCAAUGACUUAGAGGACUUUGCCACUGAAGGCAUUUCCUGAAAAUUAAGGCAGACUAACACUCCUCCCCAAAUAAGCCCAGAAGAGUUUACUCCCCCCAUCCUAGAGCAACCACCGUCUCUCACACACACACACAUGCACGCACACACCCACACAGGUACACAUAUUUGCGUGCAUACACACACACACACACAUACAGGCAUACCUUGGAGAUAUUGCAGGCUCAG